AUGGGAAGCUUAGACCCCACGGCGGAGGAGUUCAGGCCGAAAAACCCUAACCACGGAGACCCACCUCCGGUAACCUAUUUCAGGCCAACCUUUUCUCCGCCGUGCGACCCUUACGCUUGUCCCUACGCACCCACCGGAGGACUUGAAACGGCGACGUUUUUCUAUGGCGGAGGUGUCAUUCCUGUUGGGGUAAUUCCGUAUCCAUUGACACAUUUCUCAUACGUUGGCCCACCGGCGCUGGCUGCUCCCCCUGCGACGGCGCCGUUGUCCACGUCACCUACACGGUCAUUACUGCUGAGCUUCGUGCCAUCGGAGACGGCGUUUAAUGAGUCCACGUUAAGGAGGGAAAUGAAGGUGUUCGGGGAUGUGAGAGGGGUUCAAAUGGAAGGGUUGCGUGAGGGAACAGUGACCGUUCACUUCUAUGACCUGAGACAUGCGGAGACAGCUUUGACGGCGAUUCGGUGGCAGCACAUGCAGCACCAAGCAACAACAUCGUUAACAUUUUUCAACACACAGAGUUUACUUUUGCCGGCGGCGCGUGGGGUCGUUGCCGAUGGUUCCGUGUGGGCCCAUUACAUCCUCCCGGCGUGUGAUGCUGUUCCUGAAGGGCAGAACCAAGGGACUAUCGUGGUUUUCAAUUUGGAUUCGGAGGUCUACUCUGAUAGUCUCCGAGAAAUCUUUGAAGCUUUUGGCCCCAUAAAGGAGUUCAGACAUACCCCAUCAAAAAAGGAUCAAAGAUUCGUGGAAUUCUUUGACAUAAGAGACGCUGCAAAGGCUUUGAAGCAUAUGAACGGCAAGGAAAUUCGUGGCAAAACACUUGUUAUUAAAUUUAGUCACGAUAGGAAGUUCAUAUCCAAGUCCAAAUCAGUGACCUUUCCUCCUUCCUCUCCACAGUCGCAGCGAAAAUUCUGGCCUCGAUUAGAUCCUGAUGCUACUAUUAUCUCACAUUUUUCUCGUCCCCAAAAGAAAUCAACUUUUACUGCAAUGGCUUCUAUAAAAUUGGAUGAAGUAGCUGGGAAUGCUCCAAAGAGAAAUUUCAUUGAAAAACACAGCAGUGAGUCCACGGUAGAAGGCACGAAGCACCAACAACCUCCAGCUAGAAACAAAUACUGUAGGGGAAAGCAAGCAAAGAAGCAUGAAACUCGGUUUCUAAUUAAGGAAGAUGCUACGGCGGAGUCUAGUUGCAUGGAUUCUAGAACUAGUGUGAUGAUCAAGAACAUACCCAACAAGUACAGCCUGAAGCUACUGUUGAACAUGUUGGACAACCACUGCAUUCAAUGCAACGAGCAAAUUAAGGAUGGCGAUGACCAGCUUUUGUCAUCCUACGAUUUCGUGUACCUUCCCAUUGAUUUCAACAACAAGUGCAAUGUAGGAUAUGGGUUUGUGAACAUGACGUCUCCGGAGGCAACCCUGAGGCUCUAUAAGGCAUUCCAUCUUCAGCCCUGGGAGGUGUUCAAUUCAAGAAAAAUUUGCCAGGUCACCUAUGCCAGAGUCCAGGGAUUGGAAGCGUUGAAAGAGCACUUCAAGAACUCCAAGUUCCCAUACGAGAUGGAGGAGUACCUGCCAGCGGUGUUUUCACCGCCUCGAGAUGGGAAGCAAUUGACGGAGCCACUUAAAAUUAACGUGACACUAACAUGUUCUCGCAUAAUGCACAACUCCCAAUUCACGGGAGAAUUGUUAUCAUCGAUAUUGAUGAAUAAAAGAGAGAGAAAAAAAGAGAAAGAAAAAUAA